AUGGAGGCGGCCCUCGCCGUGCGCUUCCUGCUCGCCCUGUGCGGCUGCCUGGCGCUGCUGCCGCGAGCCGAGCCCGUGUGCCCGGAGCGCUGCGACUGCCAGCACGCCCAGCACCUCCUGUGCACCAACAGGGGGCUGCGCGCCGUGCCCAAGACCAGCUCGCUGCCGAGCCCCCAGGACGUGCUCACCUACAGCCUGGGCGGCAACUUCAUAACCAACAUCACCGCCUUCGACUUCCACCGCCUGGGGCAGCUCCGGCGCCUGGACCUGCAGUACAACCAGAUCCGCUCCCUGCACCCCAAGACCUUCGAGAAGCUCUCGCGGCUGGAGGAGCUGUACCUGGGGAACAACCUCUUGCAGGCGCUCGCCCCGGGCACGCUGGCGCCGCUGCGCAAACUGCGAGUCCUCUACGCCAACGGCAACGAGAUCGGCCGCCUGAGCCGCGGCUCCUUCGAGGGCUUGGAGAGCCUGGUGAAGCUGCGGCUGGACGGGAACGCCCUCGGGGCGCUGCCGGACGCAGCCUUCGCGCCGCUGGGCAACCUGCUCUACCUCCACCUGGAGGCCAACCGGAUCCGCUUCUUGGGCAAGAACGCCUUUGCCCAGCUGGGCAGGCUGCGCUUCCUCAACCUCUCUGCCAACGAGCUGCAGCCCUCCUUGCGCCACGCGGCCACCUUCGCCCCGCUGCGCUCCCUCUCCACCCUCAUCCUGUCGGCCAACAGCCUGCAGCACCUCGGCCCCCGCGUCUUCCAGCACCUGCCCCGCCUCGGGCUGCUCUCGCUCAGGGGCAACCAGCUCACGCACCUGGCGCCGGAUGCCUUUUGGGGGCUGCAGGCCCUGCGCGAGCUGCGCCUGGAAGACAACCGGCUGAGCCAGCUGCCCUUGGCGCUGCUGGACCCCCUGCGCAGCCUGGAGGCCCUGGACCUGAGUGGCAACGAGCUGUCCGCGCUGCACCCGGCCACCUUCGGCCACCUGGGCCGGCUGCGCGAGCUCAGCCUGCGCGACAACGCGCUCAGCGCCCUUUCCGGGGACAUCUUCGCUGCGAGCCCGGCCCUCUACCGGCUGGAUCUGGACGGCAACGGCUGGACCUGCGACUGCCGGCUGCGGGGCCUGAAGCGCUGGAUGGGCGACUGGCACUCGCAGGGCCGGCUGCUCACCGUGUUCGUGCAGUGUCGCCACCCGCCCGCCCUGCGGGGCAAGUACCUGGAUUACUUGGAUGACCACCAGCUGCAGAACGGCUCUUGCACGCUUCCCUCGCCCUCUGUCUUCCCGACCGCCGAGGGCAGGCGACCACUGCCACCCACUGCCGCGGGGGAGGAGGGCACGACGCCCCCUGCGGGAAGUCUCGGGGAGGCGCUGCCGCCGCAGCCGCAGCCGCAGCCCCAGCAGCGGGGGCGAUUUCCAGCCGGCCUGGCCUUGGACGUGGCCGCCAGGGAGCUCGUGAGCAACCGCAGCGCCCUGCGGAUGAGCCGCCGGGGCCCGGUCCUCCAGCAGCUCGGCCCCUCUGCCGCUGCUGCCGUGGGCCCCGCUCCCCGUCUCCUGGAGCUGCACCAGCAGCCCGAUGCCGCCCGCGCCGAGCCCACGCCGACGGCCGUGCCCGCCUCCGCGCCCGCCGGCGACCCCUGGCAGCGCGCAGCGAAGCAGCGCCUGGCCGCGGGGCAGCAGGAGCGUGCCACUCAGCCCGACGGCGGGCUCGGCCUUCCGCCGCUGGUGUCCGACCCGUGCGACUUUAACAAGUUCAUCCUGUGCAACCUGACGGUGGAGGCGGUGGGCGCCGACAGCGCCUCGGUGCGCUGGGCAGUGCGCGAGCACCGCAGUCCCCGGCCGCUAGGCGGCGCCCGCUUCCGCCUGCUCUUCGACCGCUUCGGCCAGCAGCCCAAGUUCCACCGCUUCGUCUACCUGCCCGAGCGCAGCGACUCGGCCACGCUGCGCGAGCUGCGCGGGGACACCCCGUACCUGGUGUGCGUGGAGGGCGUGCUCGGCGGCCGGGUCUGCCCCGUGGCGCCCCGCGACCACUGCGCGGGGCUGGUCACCCUGCCCGAGACGGGGAGCCGGGGCGGUGUGGACUACCAGCUGCUGACCUUGGCCCUGCUGGCGGUCAACGCGCUGCUGGUGCUCUUGGCCUUGGCGGCCUGGGCGUCGCGCUGGCUGCGGAGGAAGCUGCGCGCCCGGCGGAAAGGCGGCGCCCCCGUGCACGUGCGCCACAUGUACUCCACACGCCGGCCGCUGCGUUCCAUGGGCACCGGCGUGUCCGCCGACUUCUCCGGGUUCCAGUCGCACCGGCCGCGCGCCACGGUGUGCGCGCUCAGCGAGGCAGACCUCAUUGAGUUCCCGUGUGAGCGCUUCAUGGACAGCGUGGGCGCGGGGCCCAGUGGCAGCUUGAGGCGGGAGGACCACCUCCUGCAGCGGUUCUCGGACUAGGCGCUGGCCCUGUGCUGCAGAAACCCCUGUUUCGUCAGAACUUCUUCCCCCACCGCAACCCCCGGAGACCGAAGGGGACAGAGAGCGCCCAUUCAGGCACCACCCCCUACACCCUCACGCGGGAACUGAGAGGGUGGAACUUGGCGGUCAGGGCCACAGAAGCUGCCCCGGUGGCAUGGCAGUGCCUUCCUGUGGCCUCCUUUGGAAGUGGUGCUUCUCUCCCCCCGCCCCAGCAAGGCCAGAGAGAGAUUUGGGUGCAGGAUUCUUGUUUGUGUCUAACAGGAGUUCUGUUUCUAUUUAAGGAAAAGGGAAUCCAGUGCCAUGGCAAAGGAGCUCGGCCAGGGACCCCACUGGGCUGGUGGUCUCUGCCCAGAAGGGUGAUCAUGCACCUGCCAAGGAGCUCACUUGUGUGGGCACCUGAAGGCUUAAGGAGUGAGAGCACCUGUUUUUGUUUUUGUUUUGCUUUCGACAAUGUGAAGGGCUCUGACAGUUAACAAACUGACCAAUAAGCUCUAGGACUGUCCUAGGCAGGCUGGGCCGCCCAACUUUGUGUCUGUGUGAGCAAGACAGGCACCUUGGCGGACUCUGAGGGUAACCAAGGCUGAGGACUUUCUGGGAUGCAGAGUGGACCCCCUGCAAAAGGCUUCUCUGUCCCGGUGGCUCCUGUGGCUUUUUUUAAUCUUGUUUUUUUUAAUAUAUGGGGAAGGAAAGUUCAAUGCCAGAUUUGAUCAACGAAUGUCGUGUGCAUGUAACUGAUGAGACCCCAGGGAGAGCCAGCGUUCCAGUUCACUUAGCACAUGUCUGACAGCACGUCUCCGUGGCGGUGACUGCAGUGUUAUCAGUGAUACUCAGUUGGCUGCCCUCCCUCAGUUAAGUGAGAAAGGGCAUUUCCUAAUGGAGAAGCCAAAGACGCUCAUCAGUCCAUGGGGUCCUAUUGGACCACGUUAACUAAUUGAAUGCUACAGAGGGGAACAAAUUCUGGAAAACGAAUGGGAAAACAGUCCAUCCCCGGGAGUCUGUUUCUUCUAAGACCGGAAGCCUGGUUAUGAGCUCUUACACCUCACUGUGAAAUAGCUACGGAUUUUGCAAAUGAAUCCCUCGGUGCCCAGUGUUUUACUGUGUUGUUAACUCUCAGCUUUUAGUUGGUAAUUACAGUAUUUCUCUUUUACUUUAAACUUAGGGCUAGGCUCUUUUGUCUGUUCAGUUUGUUAUUUGGGACGCUUCUGUUCCCUGAUAUUUAUGAAGUACGUGUUUAUCACUAGAUGUAGUGCUUUGGUUCACAUGAAGAGUUUGGUGUGUGGGCUGCAGAAAUGCAGUCUCUUAGAGGGUGCAGGCUGUGGCCACAGUCUCCGUGGUUAUGGGUAUAUUGGCAGUGGGGCACAGUGGAGGCCUCUGCAGAGGUGGACAGCUGACAGUGAAUCUGCUGUUUAGGGCCUUAAGCCCCCGAGGGUCCUCAGAGAAGCCGUCCGAGCCUGUGGGUUGCCUCUGCCCAGUGCACCCCUGUUCUGUUUGGCCUGCCUGGAGCUGUGCCUGCCUUUGUCCUAGCAGCCGAGUGGGGACCCAGAGCUCUAGAUGAGCUGUUGUUUGUUUAUGUCCAGACCACUUAAACUACAGCUGCUUUUCUGGAAGUCUUAUCUGCAGGGCCAAAACUUAAUAAGCCACAGGAAAUAGACUGUCACUCUGUGUUUGCUGCCAGGGCUAGUUUUAGAUUCAGGGCGGAUCGGCUAGGGGUGGGGGGAGGUGGUUGGAGCUGGUCGCCGUUUUUCUUAGCCCAGGGCCCUCUGGCUCCUCUCCUGUUCCUGGCUAUUUCCGUUCACCGAGCACUUGAUUGCUUUCACACUGUGGUCUAACAGUCCCUUUGAGAGUCUGCAGAAGGCCUAUGGUCCCACCCACCUUUCAGCUGCAGCAAAGUCGCCUGGACCUGUGUCUUGCUUAAAACAGUUUCACUGGAAAGUCUUUCAGUGGGGAGUGAAUAAAUGUUAUACAUUGUUAUGUUCAGUUAUGACAAUAAACCCACUUACU